AACUGUGCUCCUUUAAUACUCAUUUCAUCACGCACGGUGGAUUAUAUACCGAUUAUUUGUUUGUUAUAUAAGUGUUCUAGCUCACGAAUGUCAAAGAACACGAACACUUGAAAAAAUUUGUGCAGUAAAAGGAUGUCAAUGAGGCCUCGCAACAGGGAAAUCUGCGCUGACUGCAGCGCUCUUGAGCCUCGAUGGGCUUCGAUCAAUAGGGGUGUUCUAAUUUGUGACCAGUGCUGCAGCAUCCAUAGAGGUCUGGGUCGCCACAGUUCACAGGUUCGCCAUCUGACUCACACGGCAUGGCCACCAUUCCAAUUACAGAUGAUCCAGACUUUAUACAAUAAUGGAGCAAAUUCAAUUUGGGAACACAGUCUUCUUGACCCUUCCUCUAUUAUGAGUGGAAAACGCAAAGCUAAUCCACAGGACAGAGUGCACCCCAACAAAACAGAAUUCAUUAAGGCCAAAUAUCAAAUGUUGGCCUUUGUUCACCGAAUGCCAUGUCGCGAGGAUGAUAGUGUGACUGCAAAAGAUCUGAGCAAGCAACUCCACUCGAGUGUGCGGACCGGUAAUUUAGAGACAUGUUUGAGGCUGUUGUCUUUGGGAGCGCAGGCAAACUUCUUCCAUCCAGAGAAAGGAAACACUCCAUUACAUGUCGCAGCUAAAGCCGGUCAGCUGCUCCAGGCAGAGCUGCUCACCGUGUACGGUGCAGAUCCUGGUGCCCCGGACAGCAGUGGGAACACACCUAUUGAUCAUGCAAGACAAGCAGGGCAUCAGGACCUGGCUGACAGGCUGGUGGAGAUCCAGUAUGAACUAACAGACAGAUUAGCGUUCUACUUAUGUGGAAGAAAACCAGAUCAUAAAAAUGGACAUGAUUUCAUUAUUCCACAGAUAGCAGACAGCACUCUGGAUUUGACCGAGCUGGCUAAAGCUGCAAAGAAAAAGCUCCAAUCACUUAGCAAUCAUCAGUUUGAGGAGUUAGCUAUGGAUGUCUAUGAUGAAGUGGACAGGAGAGAAACAGAUGCAGUCUGGCUCACAACUCAGAACCACAGCACCCUUGUCACUGAAACCACAGUGGUUCCCUUUCUUCCAGUCAACCCUGAAUACUCUUCCACCAGGAACCAGGGAAGGCAGAAACUGGCGAGGUUCAACGCUCACGAGUUUGCCACAUUAGUUAUUGACAUUUUAACUGAUGCAAAACGGCGUCAGCAAGGAAAUUCCCCAGACAACGUUAAAGAAAACGUUGAGUUGAUUCUCAAAGACAUCGGCAGUCGUCUGGGAAGUGACAGCCAAGAGCCGGAUCAGCCAGAUUACGACAGUGUGGCAUCAGAUGAAGACACAGAACGAGAGCCAGGUUCUGGGAAGGAUGAGCGCACCAAGAGCUCAGAGUCCUCUGACCUGUCAGACGGGCCCAUCACCGUGCAGGAGUUCAUGGAGGUGAAGAACGCCCUGAACGCCUCCGAGGCUAAAAUCCAGCAGCUGCUCAAGGUGAACUGCCACCUGAGCGAGGAGCUGAGGGUCAUGCAAGGCAAGCUAAACUCCCUGCAGAACGAGAAUUCCAGUCUGAAAUGGCAGGGUACAAACCACGUGUCGCACCCGCAGGAGCCGCAACGCCGGGCACCGUCCCGUGGAGGCAGAGCCAUGUCCAUGUACGAGACGGGCUCAGGCUUGAAACACUACAAUGUCCGAGCAGACGGUGCGCACCCUGAGCCUGGCAGCCUCACCCUCCAACCUCUUCCGCCUAGUAUUGGGAAGGGUCCCUCUGUGGGCGCCUCCUCUUCCCUUCCAACCUUCCCUUCCUCCCUGUCCUGGGUGUGGGAUGAGCGAGGACAAAGGGGAUCCAGAGUGGAUGGAAAGAGCAGUACCUCUGAAAGUGACUAUGACAACACACCCAACCAUGCCGAGCUGGAUGAGUCUAGGACAUGCCCUGUAAACAUUUCCAGAACUGGUGGCUGGCUUAGCGAGGGUGCCAUCCCUGAAUCGGGUGACCCAGACGAGUGCGAGGUCGACCCCAUGCUGCCCUCCACAGAGGACGUCAUCAGCAAGACUGAGCAGAUCACCAAAAACAUCCAGGAGCUGCUACGUGCUGCACAGGAAAACAAACAAGAAAGCUUUGUUCCAUGCUCUGAAAGAAUUCAUCUAGCUGUGACUGAAAUGGCCACCCUCUUUCCAAAGAGGCCAAGAUCAGAGAUGGUGCGCGGCUCACUGCGCCUGCUGACUUCCAGCGCCAGCCGGCUGCAGGGUGAGUGCCAGCGGGCAGCCCCGGUCGACUCCGGCCCUGCCGACUCCCAGCUGGUUACGCAGCAGCUUAUUCAGUGCGCCUACGACAUCGCAAAGGCUGCCAAGCAGCUCGUCACCGUCACCACCAAAGAGAGCAACUGAGACACUCGCCUUUUACUGUCCUCUACAUUUCAAUAGACGCCUUGAGUCGUCCUUACUGUUUUUUUUACAGCAUCAGUAUUAUGAAAAGUAUUUUUAUCGUAUUAUUUUAUUUAAAGGAAUUUGGAUCUGUGUUUUAACAACAUUUUAAGUUAUAACCUUUCAUGUUUUACACAUAACGUUCAUGUGGACGAAGCAUCGGUUUUACCUUUCUACAAUCACGUAGCUUCAGUCUGUACUGCCAAUCUUUGGUCAUUUGUGAAAUGGUUAUGUGACGAUUUAGUCUAAUGUGGUAACAAAUCCCAGCCAUAAUUUGUGAAUAUUUAGUCCUCUGAGCCGUUACGCAUGAACCACCACUUUAAUCUUCGUCCUGUGACCUUUACAAAAUGUACAGUACCAAAAGUAUAGAGCCUCUCACUUCGUAAUGUUUCAGUCUGUAAACUCUAAUACCUCAUUCCACUGUGCUAACAUCUUCCAGAGAACCCAUAAUACUUUUUUGAUUUUGGGUUUGAAGUAAACAUUUCUGCUUUUUAACAGCUUUUUUCCCCAAAUACUCUUUCUUGGCAAAUAAACCGAGUACAGUUAAAGUCAGAAGUGUAGAACAUGCACUGUAUGUCAUGGCAGAUUUCUGCAACUGUUCUUUUUUUCUGGUCUCUUCGCCAAGGUAGGGAACAAAACUCAAACUGUCACCUUGUGCCAGAGAUGUUCACAGGUCACAAAAUACGAGUCCGAGUCAAGUCACGAGUCUUUAGGCUAGAGUCCGGGUCAAGUCACGAGUCUUUAGGCUAGAGUCCGGGUCAAGUCACGAGUCAAUAUAAUCUACACAAAACAUGUAUUGGAAAUGUAGCGUAGAAAUAAACAAAUAAUCUGUAAGUUCAGAUAAAAAAACAACAACAGAUUAGCAACUGUAUUUAGCUGUUUUACUUCGUGCCUUUACUUUCCUAGGUACCAGUUAAAAGCUUAAACUGACGUUUUAAUUUCAUUGCAAAUGGCAGCGCGGCAGCCAAAAUCCCAAACACAGCAAAAAAUCCAUAAUACUGCUUACCUUACCUUGUAGUGACGCUGCAAACAAAAUACAUGCAAAUAACAGCAUUUCUUACUAAACAUUAAAAUUAGAAGGUCUGACUGGUUCAGAAAGCGGUUUUUACAAUUAUUAGCGCCAAUUCUGUAGGAGCGUUCCAUUCGCAUGAUCUGUUACUGUGAAGUGCACUAUGUAGGGUGUUCCACCAUUUGAAGUAGGGAGCGGCACUUUAUCACUAUGCCGGAAGCUGGCUGGAACAUUUACCCAUUGCGUGCGUUGCGGGUUAAGACGGCCAGAGUGUUAUUAUCUCUACCUUGUGCUUAGUGGAAGUUUGUCCAGAUGGUCAGAUAUAAAUCCAAGAACCAUAAAAUAAAGUCUGCCAUAAAUAAGAAGCUGUGGGAACAUGGCUUGGCACUUUCAAAGUCAAGCGAGCCUAUAACUUGUAGAGGCUUCGGGGCUGUAAAGCAAAGAAAAAGCACCUAUUAAUGUUUUUUUUAUUCUAUGUGUGUGAUGAGCAUUUUUUUGUUAAAGUUUCUUAAAGGAGCCUAAUGUAAAGCAGGAGCUUAUUUCUGUCAUAGCAGCCUCUAAGCCUAUGGCAAUGUUAAGUUAAAUGACUAAUGCCAGUAUCACCCAUGUUCUAACAGCAUCUGACUCAUGCCAGACUCUUAGCAUGAGGUGACAGUUUGAAGUUUUUUGUCUAGACCUUUAAACUACUGUUUAAAUUGGUGCAUUGACAUUUACAUCAUUUAUCAGAUUCUUUUAUCCAAAGCGACUUACACUUGUGACUGAAUACAUUUUGAGCAAUUGAGGGUUAAGAGCCUUGCUCAGAGACUGAACAAUGGCAAUUUGGCUGUAGUGAGGCUUGAACCAGAUGCAUUCCAUCAUAAUAACAAAUACCAGUUAUGUGUAAUACUGACCCAAAAUAAACUGAUAUUAUUAUUAUUGAGAUCUCAUGACACACUUGUGCAUGCAAACUUUUGACUUCAACUGUACAUACAUAUCUUCCACUAUUCUUUUCAUUGCAUUUCUUUGUAAUUGUGCUUUGUGCAAUUAUGAAUGGAGAUUCAUCCAAAGGAUGUGUUUGGUUGCGUUGUCUCGUAUGUCCAUUAGCAGUUGCGCUUGUGACUUUUAUAUGUGGUAUAAAUAAAUAACUCCUUGUAUUCUUCAUUACAGUGUAUAAUGUCUACAUGCUGCUAAGCUCUGUCCUAUAUAUGCAAAUAAUAAGGUGGUGUUGGCUCAGUCCCAUCCUCGUACAGGGAUAAAAAAACCGUGUUGGUUUAGCUUCUGUGAAAACCUUGCCAUUGAAUAUAAUAAAAGCAGAAUUUUUAACAUA